AUGCAGCCCGUCGCGCUCCUCCUGCUCUGCCCGCUGGCCGCGGGCCUGUCAGCGACAGGGCGCUUCUGGCACGUCACCGACCUCCACUGGGACCCCGACUACGACGCGGCGGCGGGCGCCGGGCAGGUGUGCCCCUCGGGCGGCUCCCGCGCCGUGCCCGCCGCCGGGCCCUGGGGCAGCUACCUCUGCGACGCGCCCUGGCGCCUGCUCGCCUCCGCAGCCCGCGCCAUGAGGAGCCGCCUGCAGCGGCCGGACUUCGUCCUCUGGACCGGAGAUGAUACUCCACACGUCCCCAAUGAGAAGCUUGGAGAAGAAAAGGUUCUGCACAUAAUAGAAAAUCUGACUUCUCUGAUAAAAGAGACAUUUCCAGACACUAAAGUCUAUGCGGCAAUGGGCAAUCAUGACUUCCACCCCAAGAAUCAGUUUCCAGGGAAAGAGCACAGGAUCUACAACCGAACAGCUGAACUGUGGCGUCCCUGGCUGAAUGAUGCUUCCGUUCCUCUUUUCAGAGCAGGAGCUUUCUACAGUGAGAAGCUGCCCAACCCAAGGACAAGGGGGAGAAUGGUUGUCCUCAAUACCAAUCUGUACUACGACCAGAAUGAUGAGACAGCUGGUGAGGAUGAUCCUGGAGGGCAGUUCCAGUGGCUGGAAGAAACACUGACCAAUGCCUCUAGAGCAGAUGAAAUGGUCUACAUCGUGGGGCACGUCCCUCCUGGCUUCUUCGAGAAAAAACGAGGCAAGCCUUGGUUCCGGAGUGGCUUUAAUGAACGAUACUUGAAAAUUGUGCAGAAGCACCACAGAGUGAUUGCUGCCCAGUUUUUUGGGCACCAUCACACGGACAGCUUUCGGAUGUUUUACAGUGAUACAGGUUCUCCAAUCAAUGUCAUGUUCCUGGCACCUGGAGUGACUCCCUGGAAAACAACAUUACCUGGAGUGAGCAAUGGAGCCAACAACCCUGGGAUUCGGGUGAUCGACUAUGAUCCAGACACCCUUCAAGUGUUGGAUAUGGUGACUUACUACUUGAACCUAACUCAUGCCAACAUGAUGGCCUCAACAUGGGAGGAAGAGUUCCCAACAUGGGAGGAAGAGUAUAGGCUGACCGAAGCCUUCCAAGUCCCUGAUGGCUCUGCGCACUCCAUGCAGACGGUGCUGGAGAGGAUAUCAAAGGAUCCACACUAUCUGCAGCAGUACUAUGAGUUUAACUCUGUCAGAUACGACCUCACCCCGUGCGAGGAGACCUGCCGCAUUGAUCACGUUUGUGCCAUCAGGGAAGUUGAUUUUACAAAAUACAAUGAGUGUGUUAAAAUCAGCAGCUCUGCCUCUGCCGUCACCAGUGGUUGGCUUUUAUUAUUCUGCUUGCUCUUAGGACUUGUCAGUCCCCAGCAAGCACUGUAAUGACAGAGCAAGAGAAAAUG